CCACCCGAAGAGGCUCGGGAGGGUCGGGAGCUCUCUGGGGCUGGGAGAGCCGCCGGAGGAGGUUCGGAUCUCGAAUGCCCGUCUUUUUUUACGCCCGGCUGGGCGCUCGGUGGGGAGCCGCGGGCUGCCGGAGUUAAAAGGAGCUUGGAGGAGAGGCGGCCGGGGCUGCCCUGGGCGGCCAGCCGCUGUUGCAGCCCAUUCAGCACCCGUACCGCAGGGGCGGCGGCGGCAGCGGUAGUAGUAGCUGCAGCGGCGGCAGUAGAGGCGGCAGCAGCAGCAGCAGCAGCAGCAUCUCGGGGAGGUGGCAGUCGGUGCCUCGGCGGGCCUCACGACGCCGGAGGAGCAGGAGCAGGAGCGUGCGGCGGGCAGUGCCAUCCCACUCCAUUCAUUUGCUACGAGUUGUUCAGCCAGUCACCAAUUGCUGAGUGCCACAAAGAGUGCUGUUAUUAUGGGACAGUGGUGUGAAUAAGUGUGGGUGAUGAGGUGAUGUCACUUCUGGUGGAAUACCUAAUUUCCAUGUAGCUCCCUUCUGGGCAGCUGUUAAACUACCCAAGCAAGAACUUGUUUGACACUUCCUUCCUCCUCUUGUUGAAUACUCCGUGGCAAUUGUUCCAGUGUUUUGCUAAACGUGUCCUGUCCUCACCUUGCCAAGGCCAACAACAGCUCAGCAUUGCAUGGACUACCCCCAUGCUCCCCUGCCUUUCUGAACAUGGGCACAGGCCGAGCAGAUGACAGCCAGGAAGUCCCCAGGGCUUAGGCCUAUGCUGGCUCCGGCCCCUUUGAAGUGCUUCUGCUCAUGAUGGUGUCAUUCUGGGGUGGCCGCCAUGCCCAUUACCCAGGACAACGCAGGACUGCACCUCCCUCUCCUCCUCCAGUGGCUUCGGAGCAACCUGCAGGAGACCCAGGGAGGGCCCGAGCACAGACUCUGCCAGUCGGCCAUCCAGAAGCUCCGAGAAUACAUCCAGUUGAACUUUGCUGUGGAUGAAAGUACGCUUGCGCUUGACCAGAGCCCCCUCGAGAUGGAGAUCUGUACUGUGUACCUGACCAAAGAGAUGGGGGACAUGGAUACUGUGGGGCUCAGCUUUGGGAACAUCCCUGUUUUUGGAGAUUAUGGUGAAAAGCGGCGAGGAGGUAAGAAGCGGAAAACGCACCAGGGCCCCGUGCUGGACGUGGGCUGCAUCUGGGUGACCGAACUCAAGAAGAACAGUCCAGCUGGAAAGUGUGGGAAAGUGAGACUGCGGGAUGAAAUCCUUUCCCUGAAUGGGCAGCUCAUGGUUGGAGUUGAUGUCACCGGGGCCAGUUAUCUGGCUGAUCAGUGCUGGAAUGGCGGCUUUAUCUACCUAAUCAUGCUACGACGCAUUAAGCGCAAGGCUCCUCUCCCUCCUUCUAAUGGCAACAACAGCAACAGUUGUGAACCCAAAGCAACUCCUACCUCAGAGCCCAGUGGCCGUCUGGUGCAGAAUGGGAAGAGAACAAGGAAGUUUGGGGUCAUCUCCAGGUCAUCCAUCAACAAGGACAUUGGGGAAAGCAGGAACAGUCAGGACUCAGAGCUAGAGAAUGGACAUUAUACCCUUAUGGAGAUGGGUGGCUCACGUCUAGAGACCCUGGAAGUGGAUGACAGAACAGAUGAACAGGUGCCAAAUGCAGAGGUUCCUCUAGUCUCAGGCCAUUGUAGACCUCACUUGUCUGAAGGGAAGUCUGAUUUCAAGCCAAGUGACCAUCUGGCUCAGCGGGAAGGCUGCCGGAUUUGGAAGAUGCACAUGGUGAAAGGGUCAGAUGGCCUGGGCAUCCAGAUCACCGGAGGCCGAGGGUCGAAACGAUCACCACACGGAAUCAUUGUCGCACAUGUAGAGGAAGGAGGUGCUGCACACAGAGAUGGCAGGCUGACCUCAGGAGAUGAGCUGCUAAUGAUCAAUGGUCAGUCACUGGUUGGCCUCUCCCAUCAGGAAGCAGUGGCCAUUCUCCGUGCUGCAGCUGGACUGGUUCAGCUGGUGGUUGCCAGCAGGGAAAGCUCUGAAGUGGACUUCCUCAAAUAUCCAUCCACAAGUUUGCCAGACCUGCUUAGUACUUAUUCAGGCCCGGAUGUUUCCUCUUAUACUGAUAAUAAGGAGAACGAAGAGCCAGAUGGUGAAGAGGAAAAGGGAGCCAGCCAAUCGCCAACCCAUGGAGCAAUGACUGAUGGUGAGAAGUCCCAAGAUGCCAGCUGUCUAGAAGCUUCCCAGGGGAGCUGUAGGAGCCCCACCAUGGGGAGCUGCUUGAUGAAGUGCCGUAGCCGCUCCCAAGGAGGUGCACCUCGUCUAGAAUCCGUUGGAGAAGAUGAUGAGCUUACAGUAGAAAACGGUGACCCUGGUGGAGAGAUGUUGGAGAAGUUUUCUCGGAGUGCCCGGAAACAUUCCCUUCCACAGCAGCUUGACUCUGCUGGGGCAAGACAGGAAUAUCAUAUUGUGAAGAAAUCAACUCGGUCCCUGAGCACUGCUCAGGUGGAAUCCCCUUGGAGGCUAGCUCAGCCCUCCAUUAUCUCCAACAUCGUGCUGAUGAAAGGACAAGGCAAGGGCCUUGGCUUCAGUAUUGUGGGAGGUCAAGAUUCAGCCAGGGGCCGGAUGGGGAUUUUUGUCAAGACUAUUUUCCCAAAUGGAGCAGCUGCUGCAGAUGGAAGACUCAAAGAAGGAGAUGAAAUCCUAGAAGUGAAUGGAGAAUCCCUACAGGGUCUGACCCACCAAGAAGCCAUUCAGACCUUUAAGCAACUCAAGAAAGGUGUUGUAACCCUCACAGUACGCACGAGGUUACGUAGCCCAAGCCUCACUCCAUGUCCAACACCCACACUAAUGAGCCGAUCCAGUUCCCCAAACUCUAAUACCAGUGGAGGAACUCCCGCGCCUGGCUCAGAUGAAGGAGAUUCUUCCUCCUUGGGUCGAAAAGGCCCAGGACCCAAGGACAGGAUUGUCAUGGAAGUCACACUCAACAAAGAGCCAGGAGUUGGAUUAGGCAUUGGUGCCUGCUGUCUGACUUUGGAAAAUAGCCCUCCAGGCAUCUAUAUUCAUAGUCUUGCCCCAGGAUCAGUAGCUAAGAUGGACAGUAGACUAAGUCGUGGUGACCAAAUCUUAGAAGCAGAUUCGGUCAGCCUCCGCCAUGCUGCAUUAAGUGAAGCCUAUGCCAUUCUGAGUGAGUGUGGCCCAGGACCGGUGAGCCUCAUCAUUAGUCGGCACCCAAACCCCAAGGUUUCUGAACAGGAGAUGGAUGAAGCAAUAGCUCGCUCCACUCACCGGGACAACAAAGAGGCUAUUUCUUCCCAUGCCUUAGGUACCCCCCUGAAGAGUCCCUCACUUACAGCAAAGGCAAGACAGGGAGAAAGUGCUGCUUCACUCAGCUGGACCAUGAAACGGUUCCUGGAACCAGCAAGUCGGGGUUCCCUCAGUUCUGAAUCAGAACUCUCACAAUAUUUCUCACAAGAUGUCCUAAGUCCCUUGUACUAUUCAGACUCUGUGGUUGCCAGCUCUGGAGAUGAGGAGCAUAUGCAGCAGAGGAGGGGGAGCAACUCUUUGGAUGAUGGUGCUCCCAGCAGCCUAACUCCCAAAGAAUCAGGAAAAGCUAGGGCCAACAGCCUUGUAUCAUCUGGAAGCAAGAAGGCCUCAGGACCUUUCCAUAAGCAUUUGGAAGCUCCCAGGCAAGCCAGCCUCCCGGGAAGCCCACAGCCUGCCCGAAGCCCACUCCUCCGACAGAGAAGAAUUGGCUGCUUUGAUGCUGAAGAUGCCAGUGAUGAGGAAGACUUUGUGAGAAAUGGAGACAGUGUUCCAUUUCCCAGGUCCCUCUCAGGCUCUAUUCCAUCACAGGCUGAGGAGGAAAACAGGGUGAUCACCCCAAAUUCUUCUGUGGAAGCUAACAUCAACAGCCAGGAAGUAGACCCCCUUGGGAAUCCUGCCACUGAGGCCUGCUUGGAGACUUCUCCUUUGGACAGUCCAGCACCAGAGGAGGAAAAAGAGGCUGCUGAGAAAAUCAUAGACUCAUCUUUCCUUCCAGAAAAGCUUUCUGACUAUGCCAGUGCCUCAGAGGGUAGCCCUGGCAACUUGGGCCUAAAGGAACAAGCUGAAUCCAAGAAGUCACCAAAAUUGGAGCACAAAGCUAUCACCAGAGUCAAAAGCCUGAUGAGCAUUGAGUGCUCUGGUUCCCCCAAACAGAAGAAUGAGGAAACUGGUCCUGGCCAUAAGCCAGUGGCUAGGAUAACCCCACAAAGCAAGAGGACUGUGACACAGGACAACUCUGUGCCCAACAGCUUCGAAACUGUUCAUUUAAUUCGUUUGGAAGAUGAAUCCUUUGGUCUGGACUUGGAAAUCCAGGCCACUCCCUUAAAAGUGAUGAUAAGAGGUUUAAGGCCUGGUGCAGCUGCAGAGAGGGAAGCCACAGGACAGCUGAGUGUUGGAGCUGAGAUUGUCUCUAUCAAUGGUACUCCAGUCAAUUCCUUGUCUUACCAGGAAACCUGCCAUGUUAUAAAGAACUUGCCCAUGGCCCUGACCUUGGUAGUACAGCGACCAGCACCUGCUGUGGAUAGCUUACAGGACCAGCUUGAAUCACCAAGGGACAAGGAGCUGAUUAAUACUGAGCCCAGUAGGACUUUGACCACGUUAGGAGAAACCCACUCAAAGGGAGCUUCAGCCUCUGAACCCGAGGGAACGCUACAAUCUGGUCCCAUACUGCCAUCUACCAUCAAAACCAAAGAAAUGCAAAUAGGUAGUGGAUUAAGAGUUGGUGGUUCUGAGGAGAUGCCAGUUACUGACAUUGACAGCAUCAUCAGUGAAUUAGAUGCUUGUGAAGGGAGAUCUGAGUGUCCUCCAAAAGCAGGUGCCCCUUAUGGUGAGGGUGGUUCUCAGAGACACUCUUGGGCAAGAGGUAGGAGCUCCUACCAGUUGGAGCAGAGCACAGUUAAACAGGAUCCACCUCAAGGGAUGAACUGUGAGCCUCCCCCUCCUCAGCCUCAGUGGACCUCUCAUUUUUCAAUUUUGGAUUCAAUUAAUCCAGGCAAACAUUUUACUGUGAAUAAAAACUGUUUGAGUAGCUAUUCUAGGAAUUUUAGCAGCUUACGUGAAGACAGCUUGUCCUCACUUGGACACAGGGAAGCUGAAAGCGCUGAGCCAUCACCAAAGUCUAUGAUGUAUGGAGCUGCUGAGGAUUCACAUUCGGACCCAGAGUCUCUUACAGAAGCCUCACCCACUCCUAUCAGGAACAGCAUGCCAUCCCAUAUACCAUCUUGCUCUUCUCAGACACACAAUGCCACAGAGUCAGAUGAGGAGCAAAUUGAAAUUUGUUGCAUGAAUACUGAUCCAAAGCCACCCUCUCAAGUGGAAAAGCAACCCAGCCCUGCUGUGAAUCCACAUUCCUGGGCUCCAUCUUGCCCAGCAGUAGCCAAAGUUUCACCACUAGAAAGUACUGUUAUGAGUGGCUUACAGACAACCCCAGGUACAACACCUCUCUUUGGCCCGGAAAAACCUAUAAUUCCCAACUGUUAUCAGCAGUCAAAUACAGGCAGAACAGUUACUUUGGACUCCCUUCCUUCUCCCCAUCUGGAUAGGGGCCCUCAGCAAAGCUCAGCAUAUUCAAAUAGAAAUAUUCCACAGGGAUGCCUAGCCUUAAACACAGAGGGAAAAAUGCAAGAAGCCAGCACUUUCAACUCCCUCGAAACCUGUGAGUCUUCCAAAGGUAGUGGCCUUGUACAGAAGCCCCCAAUUCCCUUCAUCAGCCCCAGAAUGGUCAAUGGCCUAGAGUAUAGCUUGCUAGAUGAGAAAUCCCAAAGCAAGAAGCAAGGAGCAACCAUUAAGGGAUUUGAUAGUCACAGAUGUGCUCAAUUCUCCUUAAAUCCAGUCUUAUCUAAUAAUGAAGAAUGUGAUUUGACCGGCCUUCACAUCUCUGAAAGUCAGGACCUGGGGGACUUGAGACAAGGACCAGAAAAAUUGGUUAGGAGUCCCCUUCUGACACAGUACAAAGAUCCAAGUAAAAUCAAUCAUAGUAUGCAAAGCAGAAAUGAAAAGGAACAGUGUGUAGCUACAACAAAAAGUGCCAACACUAAAACACACGCUCCCAGCAUUAAUCAUGUUAAGGGGGUUACUACUCUGCACAGUCCUUCAUCUCAACCCAAACUGAAUGCUGAAACAAAGGGGCCAACACCUAAGAGUUUUAUGGAAACUCUUCUAAAUAACAAUCACAAACCUAGGUCAGGGCCAAAGCUGAAAGGCCUCAGCAUCAAAAGCAAGAAUAAAACCAGCACAGAGGCCUCUAGUGCUGUUCAAGCUUCCAAGGUCAGUGGAACUGAGCAGAGAAAAACCUUUACUUCUCCCCAAACCUCCCCCAAAACCCUUUCCAAGAGAGUCUUGGGUUCUCGUAGCAUUGCUAUCCAUGGAGAACCAGACAAGACUUGCCCCAUGGCUCCCAAAUCUCCUAAAUGUGGACAAGAGAGUAAAUUAGCUUUAGCUGUGUCUGGGCCAAUGAGUUCCCCAAUGUCAGAUGGAAGCGUCCCUAUGACUCGGAAUAAAAAAGAAAAUAGAUUCCUUGGACAAAGUGAAUUUGGCCUUUCCAACCCAAAAGAAACAACAGUGGUCUCAGCUUCCCCCAGUGCGCUUGGAGAAAAGGGGAUCAAGGCAGUUGUUGCUGAUUCUCAAGACAGAAUGAACCAGGUGAAAAUAAUUGCCAUCUCUUCUGAAAGAAACACCAAAAGCCCAGAUAGUGACAAGUUAGCUGAAAAUGACCAAGGAGGGCUCUCUGCCCAAGAGAAUGGUCACAAAAAAGGUGAAGGCAAGCUCUGUCACAAAAGAGUAGAGCUAUCCCCAAGUCACCCGCCUUCUCUGGCUUCUCACUCCAUCCAUGAAGAUCCCCCAGAAGGACAAGAAAUCCAAAGAAGUUUCAUCGAGGUAAGACUCUCUUCCUCUUCCUCCUUCUUCUUGCCUGUGUGCCCUUCCCCAUGUCUGCCUGCAGAGAAGACAGGUCAUAACCAGAAGCGAAUGAACCAGAUGUCUGAACCUCCAGGGAACCCCAAAAAUGUAAACACCUUUAAUGACAGUCCCUACUGCACCCCAAGGCCAGUUACAAGGACUUAUUCCAUGCCAGCCCAACUAGCAAGCCAUUUUGGUGGGGAAGGCCCCUCUGUCCAAUCUGCAGGACGCUCUCUCCCAGACAACCAGAAUUCUGUGGCAGAUGAGAAAUGUGUUUGUGUCCCUGAGACAAGAAUAUUCAAAGGUGGCCUUCUUGGCCUGGUUCAUGGACAGGGUAUACAAGGAGGAAACCAACUGUCAGAGACUUCCCAGAACAUCCCCAAAACAGACCAGGGAGGUGCUAGUGCCCUUGGUACCCAGGAUACAAACUGCCUUGUCCCAGAAAGAAUAAAAUCCACCAGGAGGCAUUACUACUAUGAACUCAACUGGCCCCAAGAACCUACCUCAUCUUUUUCUGUGAAACAGAGGAUCAAAUCUUUUGAGAAUCUUGCCAGUUUUGACAGGCCUGUAGUGAAGUCCAUUGAUUUCCCUUCAGCAGUAUCCAUGAACUCCAAACCUCCUAUUGGGAGGAGAUCCUCAGGCACUAUAUCUUCAGGGACCCCCAGUAACUCAAGUGAUACCAUGAGGUCCUUACGACGAAGCUUGAGCUCCUGUGGUGAAAACCAAAAUGAAAUCAGUUCGUUGGCACCCCAGCUAAACAAAUCACCAUCGACUACGGCUCUCUUGGUUUCUCCACCAAAUCCAAUAGAAGGCAAAAGAGAGAGCCCUGCUUUGGACCAAAAGAAGUCAACUGACCCUCCAGUGAGUUAUAAUCCAGCAGUGACCUCAUCUUCUCACAUUAGGAGGAACAGGACAGCGGGAGGCCAAGCCCGACCAUGUCCUUUAUCCCGCUCUAAACUUAGAGAACUAAGGGCUUUGAGCAUGCCUGACCUUGAUAAGCUAUGUGAUGAGGACUAUUCAGUGGAACCUGUAGCUCCCCACUUUAAAACUGAACUAGAAAUUACUCCCAGGAGAUCCCUUGGCCUUCCAACUGAAAGUUUCUCAAACCUCAAUGAAUCACCUUCCCUUUCACAUUUGGCAAAAGAUCAGAGUGGGGAGAGGUUGUAUUCGAGGGGAAAUAGUCCUUGGACAAGUGGUUCUGGGACUCCUGCUUCUGCCUCUGAUGAAGAUAUAACAAUCCAUGACAAUUCAAUGGAUAAGAGAUGCUUUGUAAGAAGUUGGUCCAUAGGUUUGGAUCAACUUUCAAUCUCAUCCCUGGACCAGCAAAAAUUGCAGUCUGUUUUGUCAUCAGUGGGAUCAAAGUCUGAUAUCUUGACCCUGAUUCGUGAAGCCAAAGCACAAACAGAGCAUAAAGAAGAUAUUUUCUUUGUGGUCCUGAAUAAAGAAAGUGGCUCAGGUCUGGGAUUCAGCGUGGCAGGUGGAGUAGAUCUGGAGCAGAAAUCUAUUACUGUUCACAGAGUAUUUUCUCAGGGAGUUGCUUCUCAGGAAGGGAGCAUUCACCGAGGAGAUCUCCUUUUGUCAAUUAAUGGCACCUCAUUGGCUGGAUCCAUCCACGGAGAUGUUUUGAAUGCCCUCCACCAGGCAAAGAUGCACGAAGAUGCUGUUAUUGUCAUCAAGAAAAUGAAAGUCCCGGAUAGGGACUCUGUCAGACAAGAGCCCACUCCUACAAGUGGGAAGGUUUCUAUGUCCAAAAAGGAUGUGAUCCUGGAGCUUGGAAUAGCAAGCAGACAGGCAGAUCUGAAUGAUGCAGUGUGUGUUGAGUUACUGAAGACCUCUGCUGGACUAGGUUUCAGUCUUGAUGGAGGAAAAGCAUCUGUGGCUGGAGACCGACCUUUGUUAAUAAAAAGAGUCUUUAAAGGUGGUGCUGCAGAACAAACCGGGACAAUUGAAGCUGGAGAUGAAAUUCUUGCCAUUAGUGGAAAGUCACUGACAGGGCUAAUGCACUAUGAUGCCUGGAAUAUUAUUAAGUCUGUCCCAGAGGGGCCUGUGCAAUUACUAAUUAGGAAGCAUAGAACUGCAGUAUGAAACACACUCUGGCUUGUUACAUUAGCCACAAAGGACUCUCUCCAAUUCCUCCCUCUGCUUCAUUUUGUAUCAAAGGGGAUUGUGGCUGUAGAGUGGAAUCCUAAGCAGGCAAGAAUAGCAUUGGUUUGAACCAGUGAAGUCUGCACAGAUGAUCCAGUGAGAAGAAUCCUAGGACCUUGCCAGAAUUUGGAAGGGUAUAAAAACCCUAAUGUUUUGGGGGUAUUGAGAGACAAUGAAAUGGAACUUUUGGACUCUAUCACAUGCAGCAUGCUUGACUGGGAAAAUCACUUUAGGUUGUGUGCUGUCCUUGGCCUGGAAACAGUUUUCUGGUUAGGGAGAUCAAAUCUUAGUUGCUGUCCUGACAAGAUAAGAUUUCAGACUGUGUCCAUAUCCCUUACUCAUUCCUGUCACCAUGAAUAGAAUACACUAGCCUCCAAUUCUGAUAGCAAUAGAGGAAACUCAAAGACACACCUGUAGAGUCAAAAUGAAAAGGACUGUGGAGUUCUAUCAUUUUUGUGGAUAAAUUAACAGGAUGCUUUGGGGGCAUGGAAAGCUGCCAUAUCUGGAAAUAUUACCUGAAGAAAAAGGUUAAAAAUAGUGACCUAACUAUGUGGCUGAGCUCAGGAAUUGUCUAAAACUGAAAAAAGCAAAAUACCAGGAAAUUACUCAAGAGGGCAGUGUUAUGUUAGCAGAUGUGUCCUCCCUGGAGGGCUGAGGGCAGUGAAAUAAUAGUUCUUUCUGAAGAAAUGGCCAUUUUCCAAGCUAGUUGUUGAACCUUCAACAACUUUGUAGAAUACACAUUCUGUCAAUCUCAGUCUUCAAAUUGAAUAUGAGCUCAAAAAUCAGGAUAUGGGUUGGGUUCCAUUUGAAUAAAUUAUUUGGUCAACAAAAUAGGAACUAGCAGAAAAAUGUCAUUGUUGUUAAGUUUUCUGCCUUUGUUUCAAUUGGUUUUAGUUUUUAAUACUCAAAUAUGUUUUACUGCCCACAAUUUUAUGCCUAUGUAUUAUAAUUUGGUCCAUCUGGGCACUCUAAAUUAUUUUAUGGAAAUUUUUUGUAGUGUUUUAGGAAAUUAAUAUCUCAAAAUACUGGAUCCCUUCUCAUGCUGUGUCAUGAUACAGCUGUGCAGUAGCUAAUGUUCUUUUUACCUUUUGUAACAUAGUACUUUUUCAAACGUAGUUUAUUUAUGUGAAAUAAAUGCCAUGUGUAGUAUUAAAAUGUGAGUGUAAUGAUAGUAAAUAGACUGUACAUUUUUAAAAGACUUGCUUUCUCUCUAGGUUAUGUAAAUCUGAAUCUCUGUAAACAUGGGUUUUUAAAGUAAUUUUCAAAAUAAACACUCUGUUUAGAUUUGUUUCAUUGAGCCGUUUCUGUGUCAAAAAGAAGCAACCUCUUUCUAGACAAGUCAACAAGUACUGAUUAAGCACAAACACCAUGCAUACUGUUCCAAAAAUUAUUACUAACAUAAAUGUAUCCUGUGAAUAAUACUAGUUGAUCAACAAUCAAGACAAACAUGUAACAUGAUAGAGCUGUUGAGAAAUGUUCCUGUUGCCCUUUUUAUCAUGGUAUUUUUUCAAUUGACUAUCAUUUUUGCCAAAGGUAUUCUGCUUAACACUCUUUUGAUCAUUCUGGUGCUUUGGAAGUCCCGUCCUUAUGGCCAAUCCUCUUAAAUGGAUGACAGUUGGCAGGAACUCCUUGCCCCUUUGUGUUGCCCAUUUCUUGCAUUGAAAUUCAUAGGGGACAUUACUUAUUCAACUUCUUUGUACAAAAAAAAACCCUUUCUUUAUAACUUGGAAAUAUUUAUAUGCUUCAAUUAUCCAACAAAGGUCAUGAAAAAUACAAGAAGUAUUAAUUAUUCUUUUCUGAUAAAGAGGUAAACAGCAUGUGGUUAAACCAAAAAUGAGCAUGGUAGAUACAUAUUUGCUGGGAGGCUGAUGUUCUCAGAUAUAGUAGGAAUCAUGACUGAAUUUAAGAAAUCAGAUCACUUAUUGCCUAAUGUAAAAGCUUAAGUCUAUGUACUUAGAGAAAAAAUUUAGAAGCUCUCAUAUUCCAAAGAAUCAUUCUGAGUCUUCAGCCUACCAGGUUAAUAUGCUGAUUUUCCAGGUAUGCCAGGCCCACUGAGCAUCUAUGAUUAUUAGCCCCUCUCAAGUUUGAGAGAAAUAUAGGUAUCUUCCCAAGCUCUGACUACUUGUCCAGAAAGAGAGGAUGGCUGCUGGAGUGGUGGUGUGGUCAAAUGUUCAGUGGAAUCAAGUGAUUAUUUCCUUACCACAUAGCAUGCAGAGAAACAGAAUAGAGCCUUGUCCCCUUAUACUGAGGUCAGUCGGUAUCAGUGCCUUUCAAGUGACCACCAAAAUAAGCAGAAAUGAUUCCUUGCCUCCUGUGAAGCACACUGCCUGAAUGAGAUGGAGAGGGAUUUGCAAACUUGAAAUGUGAGGUUUUUUUAAAGUUUUUGUUGUUGUUGUUAGUGGUGGUAAUGUCUGAGUCUUGCAAAAUGAUGAAGAGAUUUGGGCAUGCACAGCAGCUUGCAAUGAUAGAAUGGUCAUGUGGUCUUUUCUGAUACACACAAAUCCUUACAUUUGGGAGCUGGAAGGAAAAAGCUUGUUUACUAGGUAGAGCCUGUGUCCUUUGUAAGUAUAGACCAACAUUAGCACACCACUGGAAAGAUCCUAUGGUUCAGCUCUCUCUUGCAUUCUGAGGGAGGGAUGAUGCAAAACGUAUGACUGGUUUGGACUUGGAAAUAGAAAACUUUUUGUCUUAUAUAUUCGAGACCCUUGCAUGACGUGUGUUUCAGAUGAGCCACCAGGUCCUAGCCUUCUUUAAAUGAACACUAAUAAUGUUGUCCCACUAAAACUUUGUUGUUGUCUUUUUCCACAAGUUGGUCGUUCACAGAGACCCUAUAAAAGAUAAUAUGUGUUAGGGCAUGUCAAAUGUAACCCUGAAAAUAUUUUGCCAAGAGUUGAAGUAGCAGUGGAUGGGUAGGUGCAAAUGGAACCCAGUCUGAUUCAAUUUUAUGUGUUUGGCUAAAUUUAGACCAUACCUGUUGUAUGGUGGUGUUUAUUUAUACUUUAUUUAUAUAAAAUAAAAUGCCUUGUAUAUUAUUAAAAUGUGAGUGCAGUGAUAGUAAAUAGACUGUACAUUUUUAAAGACUUGCUUUUUCUCUAGGUUAUGUAAAUCUGUAUCGCUGUAAACAUGGGUUUUUAAAGUAAUUUUCAAAAAUAAACACUCUGCUUAGACUUG